CGGGCGCCAGCGGCAGGCGGGUCCCAAGGGAGGGGGAAUGGGCCAGUGCCAGGAGGGGGGCCGUCGGGCAGGCCCCGCGGUAGGCGUUUCCCUAGGUCUGCUCUGGGCGGGGAGCCGUGGCGGGGGAGGAGGGUGCCGCCGUGCUGGGGCGGUGCGGCGGCGAGGGGCUGCCGGCGCAGCUCUUGGGGUGAUAGGCGGCCCCGGCGGUGGAGUGAGGGCUGCUUGGGCACGUGGCCUUAGAGGCAUCCCAGGAAAGGGCUGCAGGAAGGGGGCACAGUGGGUACCGUCGGAGUUGGAGAGCCCCUGUCCGCGGCGAGCUUGCAGACAGAUUUAUGAUGGAACUUGCUUCUUUGCCUAAAUUCCUUUGGACAAGUGACAACAAACUUCUCCAUCACCAUUUUCCGGACAUAUUUGCUACUGUUCAUACCACACAAGACAUUCCCAAAGAAGUGGUUUUUGGACCAUGCAUGCUCCAGAACACUCUGCUGGACACUGUAGCUUUUAUUGCUCUCAAGUGUUCUGAUAGACGUAACAUCCACUAUGUAUUUAAGAUAGAUGUCACAUCUGUGCACAGUCCCACAGGACUACCGUGGAUGAGGCUUGUGCAAGCUGCUGCUAAUAGCAAGGAGCAGAACUUGGAAGCUUACUUAGAAAACAGUCAGUUGUAUUAUCGCUCUACCAGGAAAAUCAACAAAAAUGAGGAGCUGCUUGUCUGGUACGAUGAGGAGCUUUCCAGCCUCUUGGGUUUCAAUGAGAUAAAAGCUCAGAGACCACAGGAUGAGUUGACAUGCCAAGAAUGUGACCGAGUUUUUAAGUGUGAGCAUUCCUAUCUCUCCCAUGUUCGCUUCCUGUGCAUCCCAGAGAAGAGUGCCCUGCUAUGGAGAAACUUCCAGAACUCUAAGACGGAAAAGAGUAAUUUGAUUGAGCAGGCCACAAAUUUCCACAGCCUGGCAAGGGAUCUAGAGGUCAAAAUGACAGCUUGCAAAGAUGGUGCCCAAGGUCUCACAGGAGAAAGGAGAACAAAAUCUGAAGAGACUGAGAACAAGAGCAGAAAAACAGUGUUGUUGGAGAAAACAAAUAAUCUGAGUGAGGAACAUAAUUGUGGGGGCAAGGAAAAGAUUGGAGGAGAGCAUGUAUUAGCUGGUUCUUUCUGGAAGCUUAGUUCAGGAAGGCAGUCAGCUAGGAUGGAUGAUUUAGAGCAAAAGCAGAGUGCUUUCACUGAGGUCAGGAGAAUGAAGGAGAAGCUGAGGAACGAGAGACCGAAGGACCCAGAAGAAGAGGAUGGCAUUGUGCCACUCGCUAAAGAGCAGGUAUCAAAGGAAGUGUUGCUGAACUCUGCUGGUAGUGCAUUCUCCUUUGUGUGGCCCACCAGAACCCGAGGAGAACAGAAGAGCGCUUUCAGCAAACCCAGUAAGUGUGUAACAGAAAGAGCUGCAUUAAAUUCUUCUCAUCCCAUGAGCGAGUCACCAAAGAGCCUGGGAGAGCUGUCUGGCUUCAUUGCCACCACAGACAUCAUGUGCUGCAGCACUCUUCUCAAUUCCAAGUUCUUUGUCAGUGAUUUGUGUAAUGCUCAGAUGCUACAGACAAGCGUUACUCGGAGCGAUGUUUUCCCAUAUACCUCAGAACCGUGGCUCAAGCAAGCAGGAGGACAAUUACAAAACACAACCAGCACUUCUUCUUCUUCUUCUUCCUCUUCCUUGACUCUUCUUCCUCCCACCUUCACAUCCUUUGGAGUGGCUGCCCAGAACUGGUGUGCCAAAUGCAACCUGUCUUUUCGCAUGACGUCUGAUUUAGUCUUCCACAUGCGGUCACACCACAAAAAAGAAUACUCCUCGAGUGAAUCCCAGUGCAAGCGGAGGCGAGAGGAGAAGCUAACAUGUCCCAUUUGUCACGAGUACUUCCGAGAGCGCCACCAUCUGUCCCGGCACAUGACUUCUCAUAAUUAGAGCUGUGCAGAGUGAGCUCACCAAGGGACUGGGCAGGUUGGGUAAAGAUAGGGAACAUAGUUCACCUGUAUCCACUUCAUUUUGAGUUUACAUUAAUUUCUUACAGGAAAUCACUGUUUACAAUAAUUUAUAAUAGAUGCUUUGCAAAAAAAUAUGAAAUGUUUACAAGAGUCAAAGGGGGUUGUAAGCUCUGAAAACUCAGCCUAGCCCUUGUCAAUCUAUUUUUGAGGAAAUAAAAUAAUGAACUGAA